AUGGCAGAUUUUAAUGAACAGGACAGCAGAGUUCCUGAGUCGGUAUUUUUGGUAGUACUCUGGACUCUCACAGGCGUCUCGCUUAUAUUCGUUGUAUUCCGCAUCUAUGCCCAAGUUGCCUCAUUCCGUCGACUGUUUCUAGAUGACUUCCUCGUUGUCUUUGCAUGGGCCAUUAUGCUCACCGCAGCUGUCAUUUGGCAAGUCGAGGGGAAAGUCCUCUACGAUUUAUACGCCAUCAGCGCCGGCGAAAAGCCAUUCACUCUUGAAUUUCUCCCGAGAUACAAUACAUUCAUGCGAUUUAACGCUCCAUUCGAGAUACUGUUCUAUUCCGCGCUAUGGUGUGUCAAAUUCUCAUUCAUGACACUCUUUUACCGAAUCAGUGCCAAGGUGAAGUCUCUCCGAAUUUGGUGGUUUGUGGUUCUUUUCUGCACAGCGGGUGUCUAUAUUGCAUCGGUGGCCGAUAUCGAAUACAAAUGUAGUUUGGGAGGGUUAGAGUAUAUCAUCACCCAAUGUCCCCAGCCUCGUCACGUUCAUUAUGAGAAUCGCAUGUUCUGGGCCAACUGCGCUGGAGAUGUUAUCACGGACUUGAUGAUCCUCUCUAUUCCCUUCCUUGUGCUAUGGAAAACAAAGAUUUCCCUUCGCAAAAAGCUCAUUCUGCUCAGCAUUUUCUCUGCAACUAUCUUCAUUAUGAUAGUCGCAAUCAUCCGAGUGGCUGUCGGGAUGACCUAUGACAGUCAGAUAAAUAUCGAUUGGUUAUGUUUCUGGAGCUUUGUUGAGGUGGAUGUUGCGAUUAUUGUCUCCUGUGUCGCUUCUCUCCGGCAGCUGUUCGUCACAUCACAGAACCAGAGCUCAUCUGCAAGGGCCGCUUAUCAUAUUACGACCGAUCCCAUUUUGAAAAGGUCAAAAGAGGAGUCUAAUCAAGCUUUGGCUCUCUCCAUCGGGGAUGUCGAGUCGCCCACAAGUGAUAAUGUCCCCAUGUCGCCCUUGAGCGUUGUGCAUGUUCGUCGAGAUUUUGAAGUGACUCGCGCCGAUGCCGGCUAG